AUGGACCAGUUCACCAUCCAGUUUCCCAGCGGAGGCCUCACGGACAAAGCAGACAUGGGUGUUCUGGCGCUCUGGGCCCUAAUCACGCAUGUGAUGUAUGUGCAGGAUUACUGGAGGACCUGGUUAAAAGGGCUGAGGUUCUUCCUCUUCAUCGGGAUCCUCUUCUCAGCUCUCUCAGUGGUGGGAUUCUGCACAUUCCUUGUUCUGGCCAUCACCAAGCACCAGUCCCUGACUGAUCCCAGAAGCUACUACCUGUCGUGCGUCUGGAGCUUCAUCUCCUUGAAAUGGGCCUUCCUGCUCAGUUUGUACGCUUACCGGUACAGGAAUGAGUUUGCAGACAUCAGUAUCCUCAGUGACUUCUAAUGCUUGGACUUCAGUCCUGUCUGAAGGUGCUGGAUGUUCGACUUGCCCCCCAAAGGCGUGGUACAUGCAAGAGAUGUACGAGAGGUGGAGAAGGAACCCACCCAGUGCUGCUUGGUUUGUCUGUCUGCAGUAGGGGUUUUUCCUAAUUGCUUUUACUCAACCAUUUAAAGUUUGGCUAAUGAUGUCAAUCUAGUCUUUCUGUAACUUCCCUGGGCGUCCCUGUGUCUGGUGGCGAGGCGAAAGAACUCCGUGUCCUUACACACAGCAGGCCUAGAUCC